AUGGAUGGAUCUCAAAAGGUGGCCUGGAUGGAUUGGGGAGAUUCCCCUUUGAAGAUCCGAGACGAUGAUGAUUACGGAGUAAGCGAAGUACCGAGUUGCUGGGGCUACUUUCAAACCGGCCUUGAGACCUUCAAAAUGGUUCCAUCUUUUCAGUUCAGCAUGGACAGGAAAAGGGGGAGCGAGAUAAAAAGACCUGUUCGGCGGACCGGAUUGGAUGACAAUCUGGCGUGUUGCGGUCUCCCUGUCCGACUGGAGAGGCUCCGCCAAUCAGGCACCAUGUUCAAAGCGAUUGGUGGCCUUCAGCCUUGUCCCGUCUUCGUCCCACGCACAGCCCGAAUCCAAGUCAACAUCCAGCUUGGUCUAGUUGUCGCUCGGGCACAAAGCAGUCGCGUAAAUGUGCAGCGAGCAGGCCAGGGAUAUGACGAGUACCGAGUACUGAGUACUGAGUACUUUGGCCUGUACUUUGGUCUGUACUUUGGCCUGGACUUUGGCCUGUGCAACUUGACUGUAACUAAAUCUAUGGUACUGCCUUGCUUCCAGGCAGAGACAUCUACCAACGCAUAG